UGUGUCGACGGGUUUAAGUGCGACCAAACAACUCACAUCGACCCAACAACACAAGUACUACAUCACUCAAACCCGUCACCCAGUUCCACAAUCUCAUCACAAUGCUCUUCCAGAAGCUCGCCAUUGCCGCUACCUUGACCGCCAUUGUCGCGGCUCAGGACAUCAGCCAGGACGAUAUCCCUCAACAGUGCACCCAAGUCUGCGCUCAGGUUGUGACUAUCGCACGUGACUGUGACAAUCAGCAUGACAACGACAACGCCGAGCUCCAGUGCAUCUGCAAUGCAGCCAACGCCAACACCUUGAUCCCCAAUUGCGAGGCCUGCGUCGCCCAGUACGACACCGACACCGAUGAUGAUGACAACGUGAACGAUAACGAUGUCCGUGAGGUCUUGACCCGCUGCAACUUCAGCGUUCAUAGUUCCUUCAACUCUGCCAGCGCCAGCUCGGUCGUCUCCUCCAUUGCCUCUUCUGCCGCCUCUGCCGCCACCACUGGCAGCAGCGUCGUUGUCACUAGGACUUCUGGCACCAGUAUGGUGACUUCCACCGCUGCACCUUCACAGGUUUCUCAGGCUGCUGCUCCGGCCAUCACUGCUGCGGUUGGUAUGGGUCUUGGUGCUCUUGGAUUUGCACUUGGGAUGCUCUAAGCAAUAUACGCGACGGUGUGUUUCGUAGAAACACGGAGCCUCUGUUUUUCCAAGGACAGAAUUGGGUUG